AUGUCAGUAAUACUAACUGAAGUUACUUCUUUAAUCGAGCAGAAGAUUUGUCCCAAGCACAUCAAAUUUGACACUUGCGAAGAAGAGCAGAAUAAAAGCAAAACAAAUUUUUACAAUAAGAGUGGAUUUCCAGGUGUGUUGGGUUGUGUGGAUGGCACUCAUGUGCACAUUUUAUCACCUGAAAAGGAACUGCAACACCUGUACAUAAACAGAAAAGGAUUUUUCAGUAUAAACGCGUUAAUGGUUUGCGAUUUCAAUAUGAACAUAACGUAUGUCGAUGCCAGAUAUCCAGGAGCCACACAUGAUGCCUUCAUAUGGAAUAAUGGUAGACUCAAGGAAAUUAUGUCGAAUAACGCAGGAGAAAACACAUGGCUUUUAGGUGAUAUUUUGAAGCACAACCUGUAG